AUGUCUGCCCCUGUGGAGGACCGGCUGUUGAUGCAGAUGCGCCGUGCGGGUCGCCGCGUCAGCAGGCAACACUACAGGUGGUGCUUGAAUGCGCGGCCACCAACAUCGAGCGCCGGGCGCCCAGUGAGAGGAGAGCAGAGGGCUAUGACCAACAGCAGCGGCGGCGCCAGCGGCAUCCCCCGCUGCCCGCCGACGCCGCCCACGCACCCGCACUGGCUGCAGUACCCCGGGCUGCCGCCCGCCGCCCACUACGCCCUGGGCUCCGUCCUGCUCGCCAUCGGAACCGCCGGAGUCCUCGGCAACGCCCUCGUCCUCUUCGUCUUCACCAGGUUCCGGCGCCUGCGCGGUCCGUUCAGCGCGUUCAUCGUGAACCUGGCGGUGGCCGACCUGUGCACGUCGCUGCUGCACGCCGCGGCUGCCACCUCCUCCUUCAGCGGACACUGGGUGUUCGGCGUCGCAGGCUGCCAGCUGUACGCAUGCGCAGUGGGUCACUUCGGGCUGCUGUCCAUCGUGACGUUAGCCGCCAUAGCCGUGGAGCGCUACAUGGUCAUCACGGCCAAGCCACUGUCCGCCUCCUGGAAGAUGACGCAGUACACCGCCAGGAAGGUGUGCGCCGCGGCGUGGGUGUACUGCCUGUUCCUGUCUGUGCCGCCGCUGCUGGGCUGGAGCCGCUACAUCCCGGAGGGCUUCCUCACCUCCUGCUCCUGGGACUACCUGACGCGCACGCCCGCCAACCGCGCCUACUACAUCUACCUGCUCGCCUUCGGCUUCGUCCUGCCCGUUUCCGUCAUUGCGUACUGCUACACCUUCAUCCUGGCUGCAAUACACGCUCACGGCCGCGAGAUGAAGGGUGUAGAGUCAGCAGGGGGCCGACGCAGCUUCCACCGCGCCUCGACGCACCGCCCCCCCUGCUCGUCCACUGUGCGCUCGCUGGAGAUCAUCGUGACGCUGGUGCUGCUCUUCCUCAUCUCGUGGACGCCCUACACCGUCGUCACGCUCAUCGGCCAGUUCGGGGACGAGUCGUUCAUCACGCCGUGGGUGGCCUCGCUGCCCGCCUUCUUCGCUAAGGCAUCGGUGGUGUACAACCCGAUCGUGUACGGUCUGUCGCACCCGCACUUCCGCGCGUCCAUCAAGCAGUACCUGUCGGGCUACCGGGGGCCGUGCUCCGCCUCCGGGCUGCUGCCCACCGCGCCGCCGCCCACCACGUGGGGCAGCCUGGUGCUGCGCCGGCGGCCGCGCGCCGCCUCCAGCCCGGGCCACGUGCAGCACGUGCGCUGUUUCCUGCCACCGCAGCACCGACACCUUCACCACUACCACAGCGAGCCUCCAGACCCGCCCUCGCUCGACGGCAGCAGGUCACUGAUGUCGAGCAGCCCUCCGAUGGUGCGCGGCCACCGCUCGCUUGGGGCCGCCCCCGCCGCCUCCUGCGUGGUGCUGCAGGGGGAGCGCCGGCGCGUCUGCUGCCUCAGGGAGGCCAUGGCGGCCGCCGCCGCCGUCUGA